UGUCAGGAGGGUUAAUCAAUCAAUCAGCGUAUGAUCUGCAGGUCUGGGAGGAGGCAUUGGAGGCCGGGCUCAGAGGGAAGCGCAGAGAGGGGUGUGUAUAUAAGACAUUGGGAGGUUCAUACUGCACCUUCCCCAUCUCUCCGGCCGCCUCCUUCCAAACCAUCCCGAAUUCCUGCAGAGCCAGAGACAAGGCUGCUGCCUGGUGCAGGACGACAGAAGGAGGAUUAGUGAAGUCCCCCGCUCUUUAAUUGCUAUUAUUUAAAGUGCCCCCCUCCCGUGCGCUCUCUCUCUCUCGCUCGCUCGCUCGCUCCCCGGGCGAGCAUCAGAUGACAGCUCCACACCGAGGGAGGGCAGAGCAAGCAGCUUGGCCACCAGCAGACAGUAUCUGAUUCGGGGAUCCGCAGCAGGCAGCUCCUGUACAACGAGAAAGGGAUCGUUGCUCCACAGGCGGAGAGCCGGAGUGGAGCGAGCGGCGAGUUCGGGACCCGCGAGCCUGCGGAGGGGGAUCCCCAACCCAGCAGCCCCAGGGCGCAGCGGAGAGCGGCUUCGUCUCCCCUGUGCGCUCCCCUCUCCAAACCUGAGGAGGGAAUUGGCGCGGAAGAAGACCCGCCAGGGGAAAUCCUCCGCAGUAAGGAGGGCUUGAGCCCCACUAGGGACUGACAGACGGACACCGCCACGAAGGCCGGAUCCGGCGGCGCCCGAGGAUGCUGCUGCUGCCGCUGUGGCUGCUGCUGCCGGAGCUGGCGCUCCUCGCGCGGGCUCAGAAGUUCUCUGCGCUCACGUUUUUAAGAGUGGAGCAAGACAAGGACAAAGAAUGCAGCCUGGAAUGCACGGGGUCCCCCCAAAAAUCGCUGUGCGCCUCAGAUGGCAGGACUUUCCUGUCCCGGUGUGAAUUCCAACGGGCAAAAUGCAAAGAUCCUCAACUAGAAAUCUCCCACAAGGGCAACUGCAAAGAUCUUUCAAGAUGUGUGGCAGAGAGGAAGUACACCCAGGAACAAGCACGCAAGGAGUUCCAGCAAGUGUUUAUUCCAGAAUGCAACGAUGAUGGCACUUACAGCCAGGUUCAGUGCCACAGCUACACAGGCUACUGUUGGUGUGUCACUUCCAAUGGUCGUCCCAUCAGUGGUACAGCCGUAGCACAUAAAACUCCACGUUGCCCAGGUUCCCUAAAUGAGAAGUUGCCACAACGUGAAGGUACAGGAAAAACAGUCUCCUUGCAAAUCUUUUCCAUUCUGAAUUCAGAUGAUGCUUCAGCUCCUGCACUGGAGACUCAGCCCCAAGGUGAUGAAGAAGAUAUAGCUUCGCGUUACCCUACAUUAUGGACUGAGCAAGUAAAGAGCCGACAGAAUAAGACCAAUAAAAAUUCUGCAGCGGCAUCAUGUGAUCAAGAGCUUCAGUCGGCAUUAGAAGAAGCUAAACAACCUCAGAAAGACAAUGUGUUCAUUCCAGAGUGUGCCAGUGGUGGUCUUUACAAGCCAGUGCAGUGUCACCCUUCCACGGGCUACUGCUGGUGUGUUCUUGUUGAUACAGGACGCCCCAUACCUGGUACAUCAACAAGAUAUGAGCAACCUAAAUGUGAUAACAGUGCCAGAGCUCAUCCAAGCAAAACAAAAGAUUUGUUCAAAGGGCGCCAGCUUCAAGGUUGUCCAGGACCCAAGAAGAAUGAGUUCUUGACAAGUGUUUUGGAUGCGCUCUCCACAGACAUGGUGCACGCAGUCUCUGAUCCUUCCAGCAGGCUUUCAGAACCAGAUCCUAAUCACACUCUGGAGGAAAGAGUUGUCCACUGGUAUUUUAAACAACUGGAUAAGAAUGCUAGUGGUGAUAUCGGCAAAAAAGAAAUCAAGCCGUUUAAGAGAUUCCUGAGGAAAAAGUCCAAGCCCAAGAAAUGUGUGAAAAAGUUUGUGGAAUACUGUGACGUGAAUAAUGACAAAUCCUUAACGGUUCCAGAACUAAUGGGUUGCCUGGGGGUUACGAAAGAAGAUAACAAGGCAGACACAAAGAAACGUCAUACUCCAAAAAAUAAUGGUGAAAGUACUCCUUCCAACAGGCAGCAAACCUCAAAGAAACAAGGCUGAACACUUCAUGUCCAAGGCAGGUCUCUCAGAUGCCUGGGAGACUCCCUCACCAAAAGGCAAUUAAAAAAAGAAAGAAAGAAAGAAACCCAACAACCGUAGUAUUUGCACUUUGUACUUUAAAUGUAAAUUCACUUUGUAGAAAUGAGAUAUUUAACAGACAUUUAAGAGAAUCUGUGAAAAUGUAGUAACAGCUUGUUUUUAAACAAUUAUCACAUACAAUGUAUGUGCCUUUUAUUGUCUGAAAUCUGUACGUGUUGGAGGUGUAAAAGUUUGCAUUUAAUCUUUUUUUGAAAGAAGAAUGUUCAGUUGGACAUUAACAUAGAAACUAGUCUUGUAGUAUUUUUCUGUUCAGUAAUUUUGCUUGUUUUCUACAUAGCUAUUGAUUUUUUAUGAAGUUAUACUGAAAACCUGCUCAUUUCAAAGUCUACUGUACUCAUAAUUUUAAUUAAUCUCUGUGUUAAGGUUGCAUGUUCCUUAGGCUUAAACCAAGAAUUGGAAAUUGUUGUUGACUUCUCGUGCACCUUAUAUAAGCAGAGGAACCUUUUCUCUGUUGGUGUUUAUAGGGUUAAAAAAAUGGCGUUGACUUUCUCCAGAGCACAGUUGCACAACAACAAUGCAACCACUAAUUGAUUGGAAAUAAAUCUUUUGUAGAUUUUCCUUUGUAUUCCCCCCGCCCCUUAGAGGACUUCAGUAUAAUAUAUAUUUUUCUUCCCCGUUCUUCCUGCUUUUGGGUAGGUUUAGUCAGCCUUUAAACUGGCAAGUAUGUGGUGUCACUCAAAACAAAAUCUCCCAAGCCCCAGAAUAGACAUAAUAAGGCAAUAAAGGGGCACAAUUGUUCAGUAUUGUAAAUCUAAUUAUAAGGAGACAAAGAAGGUAGAACAGGCUUGUCAGUCUUUUCUUUUCCUUACACUUGGCUGAGCUGUGAUAUGCAACUUGCGGUGCCCCGGGAUCUACAAAAAGGUAAAACUAUCACUUGAACAAAUUAUGAACAGUUAUUUUAGGGAGGUGCAGUCAGCACAAGCUGCCCCUUAGGGCAUCAUUCUUGCCAUCUGGGAGAUGUUCUUACAAGUUUUCAUACCUUUCCUAUCAUUUGGAGGGAGUUUUCUUUUUUCACCCCUUUCCUGGAAUGCCUGAAGGAAAGAGAACUUGCAGAUGUGAACUUGAUGGCAAAACAUUUGAAAGAACAAAAAAUAACAAUAAAGAACUUUCGCUUCAGACCUUGGACAGCAAUAAAUUAUACAGUAAGCAGCCAGAGACAACAGCGUGUAGGGUAGGGAGAGUAUGAGCAUAUAGAUAUCUUAGAGUUGAAAGGGAUUCAAGGGUCAUCUAGUCCAACCCCCUGCAUUGCAGGAAUCUCAGCUAAAGCAGAUGGCCAUCCAAACUCUGUUUAAAAACCUCCAAUGGAGGAGAGACCACCACCUCUCAUGGAGUCUGUUCCACUGUCAGAAAAUUUUCCCCCAAAAUGGUCAGAAUCUCCUUUCUUGCAACUUGAAGCCAUUGGUUUGCGUCCUACCUUCCAGAGCAGGAGAAAACAAGUAUGCUCCCUCCUCCAUGGGACAGCCCUUAAGAUAUUUGAAGAUGGCUAUCAUAUCUCUUCUCAGUUUCCUCUUUUCCAGGCUAAACAUAGCCAGCUCCUUCAAGCGCUCCUCAUAAGGCUUAGUUUCCAGACCCUUGAUCAUCUUGGUUGCCCUCCUCUGCACACGUUCCAGCUUGUCAACAUCCUUCUUAAACUGUGGUGCCCAGAAUUGGACACAGUAUUCCAAGUAUGGUCUGACUAAGGCAGAAUAGAGUGGUACUAUUACUUCCCUUGAUCUGGACACUAUACUUCUGUUGAUGCAGCCUAGAAUAGCAUUAGCAUUUUUUGCUGCUGCAUCACACUGUUGACUCAUGUUAAGCUUGUGGUCCACCAAGACCACCAGAUCCUUUUCACAUGUACUCCUAGUAAGCCAGGUGUCCCCCAUCCUAUAUUUGUGCCUCUGGUUCUUCCUGCCUUAGUGCAGAAUCUUACAUUUGUCCCUACUGAAAUUCAUUUUGUUAACUUGCGCCCAGUUCUCCAAUCUGUUAAGGUCCUUUUGAAUUCUAAUUUUGUCUUCUGCGGCUUUAGCUACCCUUCACAGUUUAACGUCUGCAGAUUUGAUGUGCAUCCCAUCAAUUCCUUUAUCCAAGUUGUUUAUAAAGAUGUUGAACAACAACCUGUCCAGGACAGAACCCUGUGGCUUCCCACUUGUCACCUUUUCCCAGGAUGAUGAGGAACAAUUAAUGAGUAACCUUUAGGUUUGGUCAGUCAACCAGCUACAAAUCCACCCAACAGAUAUCUCAUUCAACCCACAUUUUACCGGCUUCCUCAUGAGAAUUUCAUGGGGGACUUUGUCAAAAGCCUUAUUGAAAUCAAAACACACUAUGUCCACAGCAUUUCCCUGAUCCACCAAGUUUGUAAUUCUAUCAAGAAAAGAAAACAGAUUGGUCUGGCAUGACUUAUUUUUGAGAAACCCAUGCUGGGUCUUCGUAAUCAUAGCAUCCUUUUCUAAACUCUCACAGACCAUCUGUUGAAUUAUCAGUUGAGGGUGGGUGGGUGUGAAGUGGAUUGUUGCAAUUGUAACAAUGAGCAGAAAUCUCUUUAGUGUUUUUUUUUUAAAGAACAAGAUACAUUUGAACAAUGUGUAGAAUAGCUGUUGGCUAAUUUUGUUCUGACUCAGCCUCUGUUACAUUUAUAUCUGCAUCUAUAGCUACAUGAUAAUAUACUGCUGGGUGACUUUGUACUCAUUGGAAUUGGGCAAAAGAAUAUGGAUCUUGUGGCCGGAGGCUUGAAGAGUAAAGAGAAGGGAACAAAAAUGCUAUUGUAUGUUUAUCUUUGUGUAAAGAAGCAAACAUUUUUACUCGGAAUUUAUUUGAUAUCUUUUUUAUAAUGCUAAACUCUGAAUUUAAUCUGUUUAGAUUAAACAUGUAGUAUGCUCUGAAA